AACGAUACUCAUUGUUUGGUUUCUUUUAUAUUUUAUGGGGACACUUUAGUCGGUUGGUCGAAUAACUGACUACACAUACGAUUAUGACAGAGGAAAGAGAUGUUGUUUCCGUGGAUUUAUCCACUGAAUUCAAUGAAUUGGUUCGAUAUCGAAGCCUAAAGAGUUGGCAGGAGUGUGAAGAAUGUAUACGGCGUUUCGAAGAGGUGACGCAUUUAUACAAUUCCACAAAUUACUUAACUGUUCUCUACAGAAAACUGGUAGCUCUUACGAAAUAUGCGACUGUCGGGUUUAUCGAAAUGAAAACAACAUGGUAGAUCCAGCAUAUAAAUACUUAUAUGUUGUCUUUUGUUGUCACGGUGAUCGCAGAAAAAAGUGGGAAAGCAGGCAAAGAGAAAGAUCAAAGUCGAAGUGUAUAGAUUGUCUAUUCACCUUCAGAAUUCAGCUUGAAUUCGGGCAGUAUAAAGUAGCCGAGCCCAUCAACACUAUACAUAACCACGCGUUGACGAGGGAGGUGAUAAUGUCUGUGGAGCCAGAAAUUCCAAAACUCCGUAGUAAACAGAAAUUACAAGUGCUGCCGUCCACUGAACGAAGUGAACCUCGUGCACAAAAGGUCAACGUGGUUGAUGUCGAAUUGGAGAACCAUAUGACGUAUGAUGAAUAUCGGCAUUUUCACGAAAUUGUCUACCCUAAAAUGUGUAGUUUGGAUACGCUCAUAAGCGAAAUUCGUGAGACAGGGACAGUGUGGUACAAGAUGGAUAACCAGCGACAUGUCGAGAAGUUUAGUUUCGCAACCAAGGAAAUGAUAACUUUGUAUAAAAAAUUUCCUGAAGUUGUUGGUAUGAACUCAAUGUACAUUACGAAUGGAGAAGGGUAAGCAUACGAUACAAAACACUUCAUUUGCAGUUAUCUUCUAUACCAACUGGUUAUUACUGAUGGGUUGAAUAGAAAUUGUACUGUAAUGUACAGUAUAACUCAUCGUGAUCGAUUGAUUGAUGUUGAGGAAGUCUUACAGUCCUUCAAGCAUAUUAUGGGGGAUACAUCAAAGACUGUUACAUUUGUCAUUGACAACAGUUCUGUAGAGCUAGGGGCCAUUCGUAGUCAGUUCCCUGUCUGCUCUAUUGUACUAUGUGCAUGCAGUAUCAUCAGAACCUUCAAUAAUAAAUUCCGUGAUGCUGAAUGCAGAAGUAAACUUAAUGAAAUGGUGUACACUCGAAAGAGGGACAGAUUUUAUACACUGAAAUUAUCGAUGAGUACAGAGCAUCCUGAGGCUAUGUCCUACAUCACUACAAAUUUAUGGAGUUGUCGCCAUAUGUGGGCGUCGUGUUUUAAUGCAUAUGUCGUUACCUUUGGCAAUAAAACUAAUAACAGAGUCGAGUGCUAUCAUAAGCACCUCAGGAAACAUCUAAGUAACAAACCUAAACCACUGGAACUGAUCAUUCGUGAAAUUUGGGAGUGUUCAAUUGAGUCAUCAAGACGAAAUGCUGUUGAAGGAAAUCGCAAUCUUCGGUACUCUAUAAAGUUCGACGUAACUCGUGUAGUUAACUAAAAUGGUUUUUUCAGGUGGAUGAAGGUCUUUCUAGCAUACUUAGGCGUAUGACCUCCUACGCUGCCUAUUCGCUUUACAAAAGUAUUAAGAAGCAUCCUGAUAUGCAGGUUACCGAAUCCACAGAAGUAACUGUAGUAUUUAAAGAAGGCGGUA